AUGGUCUUCAUCCGCCUAAUCGUCAAAGUCUACCCACGCGAACAACUCUCGCACGCAUACCCGACCCCGAACAGGAAGCCACCCACCGCCUCCUCCGAACAUGAAACCAAGCCCGCAUCCUUCCUCCUCGCGCUCCCCAACCCGGAAGAAACCUCCCUCGGCGAGCUCGCCCGCCUGAUCCGCUCGAAAUGGGCCAAGCUCCGUCCCAAUGCCGAACCCCUCGAUAUCAAGAAAUUGCUGGACGAUAGUCGCGACAUGGUGGAUUUGGAUGUGGAUAUGACGGUUGCCGAUGUCUGGGUCAAUCAGGCGCGUGCGAAACGUGAUGAGGAUGACCAGGUCGGUACGGUAAGGGUCGUACAGAGGCCUGCACCGUAUGCGCCUGUGCGGUUUCCUUCUGUUGACCAAGAUUGGGGGGUUACUAAGGAGGAGAAGUUUAGAGGGAAGUUUGAGACGAUUGAGGAGGCGGGGGAGACUGAGACUGAUAGUGAAAGUGGGAGUGAGGAGAGUGAGGAAGAGGAAGAGGAGAGUGAGGGUGAGAAGGGGAAUUUGAUUGAUGCGCAGGCUAGGGCGGUGAAUGGUAGAGACAAUGAAGAAAGUGAAACUGAUGAGAGCGAAGAAGAGGACAGCAGGGAGGAGAGCGACAGCGGAAGCGAGGAAGACGAUAAUGAGCAGGUCAAUGGACGCGCCAAUGUGGAGGAGUCCGCGGAUGAAGGUGAGAGUGAAGAAUCAGCACCAGACAAUGAUAUCCGCAUGGAGGAUAGCCUGCCCGAAACGCGAGUGCUUAAGAGAAAGAUGAGUACCGAGGAACUCGAGCCCAGAAAGCAACCCCGUCUGGCACAAUCGAGCCAAGCGAGUGCGGGCGACGCCGAAAACGUCCAUGGGACCCCGGUUAGCAGUCCCUUGGGAACGCGCAAGCGCGACGCUGAUAGAGCGCCGUCAUUCUCUGGGCUCGGUCGACGUCUGAGCUUUACAGAGAGACCGGCCCUGUCGCAUGGCCUUGGUCUUGGUAUUACGAAGAGCCCUCCUCGCAAGCAACCAUUCUUGAUGGCUGAUCUUCUUAAAGAUUCUACACAAUCCGAGUCCGGUCCGAGCGACACGAGAGUGUCGCCUACAUCUGUUCCCCCUAGUAGCGCACCUGCUAUCCGUCGCAGCUCGGGUAACCAACACCCCUCAACCCCAGCCAAGUUACAAACGCCGGCAGAUAAGGUCAGACUACUUCAAUCCGCUCUUCGUAAGGAUUCCCCCGCCGAACGGUCCCCCGAACGCCGAUCCGUGUCCUUCGCCGAAGGAGAAGACCAUGCCGUUCCUACCUCCGUCCCUGUGACGAGGGCAACUUCCCGGGUCAUUCAUAAGGAGCAGAAGAAUGUGACCAACUCCGGCUCUAAACAAGCCCCCCCAGAGCCAGAAGAGCCGUCAGACAAAGAAGAGGAGUUCAGCACGGGAAUAAACCUGGAGAUAAACGAGUACGAAAGGGCACUCCAAACACAUGACCUCGACGAGAAGUCCGAAUACACCCGCAAAGUGAAGUUGGCAGCAAAGAAAUGGCAGAUUAUGAAGAAUAACAAGGACAAGGGCCGGAAAAGAAUGCAGGAGAGGUACAAGAACGCAGUUAACGACCUCAGGAUCCUACACCGGGAUAUUGUCGAGCUCUGGGAGUUCAACAAACCACCCUCACCGCGCCCUAAGUCCCAAAUACCGAAUGGCACACCAGCUACAAAAAAGCUAUCCCGAGAUCCUACCAGUUCCCAGAACCGAAAAUCCCAGGACCCCUGGGACGUUGAAAUCCUAACUCCCAGGGCGGACUCCAAAAAGCUCAUUCCAAAAAACCUUCCACCCUCACAGACCAGUCGCAAAUCUUCGGACCGCGAAGAAGCUCAAGCCCAACAACAAGAUAAGGGGCACCAGAGCGUCGAAAUCCCCCCGCCUAAGGCUGGCGGCAGUGCAGAAAGACGACUAGGGUCCAAAAAGCUAUCCCAGGAGAGGCCACCAUCCCCACCUUCAGAAUCCGAAUCCGAAGCAGAAUCAGAAAAGUCCGGGUCAGAGGAAGAAAGCACUGCAAAACAGCCGGAGCGCAAGAAAUCAUCCUCACAGGAGAAGUCACCAUCUCCGCCCGCUGGGUCCGAGUCAGAGGAUGAAUCCGGCUCUGAGGAAGAGGAAGAAGAAGAGGAGGACAACGCUGCACCAAACCAGGCCGACUCCUUGACUAACCUGACUUCCACAGUUGAGGCAUCUAUACCCGAUCCCGUCCCCGAGUCCGGUUCAGGCUCAGACUCAGAAGAACAAUCAGGCUCCGACGAAGAGGAUGAGGAUGAGGAUGAGGAAAAGCAAGGGGAAGAGGAAGAGAAAGACAGACCCACAGACGAAGAAAGCCAAAAUAAAGAUGCCGACCAACACGAAGAAAAGGAAAAGGAAAUGGUCCAGGAACCAGAAACUCAAAAAGACGAUAUAGUCCCAGAAACCGAAGAGGAGCGAGAGCAAGAAACCACAACCCCAGCCCAAUCCAACCCACCACCAACAGAAACCCUUUCCAAACCCAACCCUGCCGAAGAAGAAACUGAGUCCGACGCGGAUGAAGAAUCAGACGGAGAAGAAGAAGAAUCAGACAAUGAAUCCGACAAAGAAAACCGCUCUCUCCCGAAACCAGCCUCGACAGCAAAAGCCAACGUCCUCCGUCGCACAAGUCUCAAUCCCCCUUCAUCCCAACCGAACCCGCCCUCCAGCCAGCAACAACCAACCUCCUCUCAAUCAACCCCCACCGGCUCCCGACCAACCCGCAAUACCCUCAAAUCCCUCCUCUUCCAGCAACGCGCAGAGCAGGCCCAGGCGCGUCUAAAGAAAGAGGAAGAGGCGGCGAAACGGAAGAGCCAGCCGCGUAAGGAUAUCUUCUCGGGGCCGUCGGAUUCUGAGUCCGAGGAUGAGGACGAGAGCUCUAGCUCUAGCUCUAGCUCUAGCGAGAGUGAGAGUGGCGCGGAUGCGGGCGAUAUCUUGUCUAGUGGCAGAGUAGGGAAGCUAAGGGCCGCUAUACCGCGGAAGUGA